UGCUGCUGCUGCUGCUGUUGUGCAGUUGUACACUCGUAAAAACUGUCGUGCUGCAGAGCCGAGAAAAUCGAUCGCGAUAUGUUUGUGAAAAAUAUCAUCGUCGUCGUUCUCGAGCUUUUCAUUCUGCAGGCAAUCGUCGUCGUGGACGCCAAGCCGUACGCGGAAAAUACGAGAAACUCGGAGGAAUUGGUGAUCGACGAGCAGAAGAUUCUGGAUUUUCUAGAUUCCAUCGCAGCAGAGAUCGAGGCGGAAAUAGAAGCUUAUUUUCCGGCUGAACGCACCAAAGACGAAAAAAAGGUCCGGGAGGAUAAGGGAGUCGUCACCACCGCGAGCCCAAUACCAAAAACGACGAUUCCGGAAGUUAAAUCCGAGACUGAAAAAAACGAUGGUAAAAAAAAGUGCAAUACCGAAGAUCUAAUGGAAUAUCUCGAUUGUGUUUAUGAAGAUUUAGUAGGGUAUUUUUCAUAAUGCUCUGGUCUCGGUUAAUCUUUUUUUGUACAUACAAAUUUUAUUUCUCAAAUACUUUUUUGAAUAA